CAGUCUAAGGUGAGCGCUCGACUAGUUCGGUUCGUGUAUUGGAAAGCAAACGCUCGUCAUUGCCAUUCGCUGUUCGCUGCUGUCGUUCCUUACGCGUUCGAAACGAAAUUCCGCUUAAUAUUUUUACCAUUAACCCAAACCUUGGUUCAAAAGAGAAACGUUACAUGCUUAAAAAUAACUAAAUAAUUAAGAAUUCAAAAAAAGUCACACAAAUGCACACGUACAUAUGAUUAAAGUGAUCGAUAGUGGAAAGUGAAUUGAGAUUUUAUUUAUGUAAAUGUGCACAUUUUUGAAUUGUUUAUAUUUAUAAUAUAAAGGCAAUUUGAGAAAAGCAUUCGUGGAGAGCUGCCCCUUUGGUUGCGACGUUGUGUUUUGUCUUCUUGGAAAUAACUAUCUGCUGUACAACAAAUACGUGCAUUACCCAAAAUGGCAUACCGGUGCUUUUGGAGAAGCAUAACCAAUAUGAAGUUGGCAGUUGCUAUAAUUGCUUUAAGCAUGCAGGUUGUGAGUGCGGCACUAUGGUCAAAUUAUGAUACUGAAAAGGCUGAGAAAUGUAGUGGCAGUGUGGGCUUGAAAUAUUUGUCCGGCAAUGCGCUAAUUGAUUCUCCCAAUUGUCUGGGGCCGAACAACUCGCCUUAUCCAAGCGCGGCUGUGGCACGAACCUUCUCGAAUUGGAAUGGCAACACUAGGCGUGGACGUCAAAGUAAAUUCCCCUCAACGCUAGAUCCUGCGAUAACAACGAAUGCUCUACUACGUGCCUAUGACGAAGUCAAUAAUGAUCUUCCUGCCAGCAAUCGUUUUGGUCGCUCUUUGGCAAAUGCGCCUGUUAGCCAAUGCAGAGAAACACCAUCACGUCUGUGCAAAACACGCUACAAUACGACGGCGCCAAUGUAUGGAGUUAGUUUGACAUCUGGACAGCCGGUUACCAUUGUACAAAAGUUCCCUGAUCUGUUACAACAAGUCGUAUUCGAAGUGUGCGAAUCGGGCGAAUGUGACGUUGUACGUGGUGAAUGCACUCAGACAUAUGUGCCGUAUCUGUUUCUUGUAAUUCCAUUGGGUCCAGUCACACUGACUGGUCAGGACUACGUACUGGUUGAGAGCGGGUGUGUAUGCAAGCCCAAAUAUUCUACGGGGGCCGCGCAGGAGCCAAAUAUGAUACCUUAGUUUAUUUCCAGAACCAAAUAAAAGUUUAAUUUGUUAAUAUCUGAUAUACUGCUACAUACCUACAUAUAAACUAAACUGUUUAAAAUGGACAUUUGUAUGCAUAAAAGAUGUAACAUCUUUCGAUAGAGUUUAUAUUAUAUUUGCUACGAAUGCCCAUUUUUACUCUAAAUAUGAUGAAUUCAACAAGUUUUCUCUGUUGAAUUUUACAGUUAUUAAUAUACUUACAAAUUUAGUUGUAAAAUAUUUAUUAGCAUAAAUAUUUUGAUUUCGAUAAAUAUGCAUAAAUAUACAUAUUUCUCUAGAAUAGUUGAAUGUUGAUUUCAAAUAAUUUAAAUGAACAGCAAAUUACUUGAAUAAUAAUGUUAAAAGGAGUUAAAUGAAUAUUUGCAAUAUUAUUCUUCAUAUAAACAGUUUUAGAGAAAAUUUAGUAUAUCUAUUAAUACGUUAAAAAUUAAAAAUUAUGUAAGAGAUAAAGAGAGAUAAAAUAUGUGUGUGUCGCCAUGUUAAUAACGAAAGCAAUACCAUUAUUUUUUGAUAUACAAGAUUUUCUUUUAAAAAUAUGACUUAUAUAUUUAAAAUGUCGUAUUUUCAUAUAGACAUAUGUUUGUUUGUAAAGGUAUUUUCAAAUAAUUUACUUUUCUUUAUACUAAAAAAAUAACAUACGAGCUAAAAUAAAUACGAUAUUUUAUUCGCAUAGGUUUGUUAUUAUGGGUUUCAUUAUAAGUUAAGCGUAUGUACGUCUCUCCGUAACAGUAUAUCAGAAAUAAUUAAAUAUACGAACAAAAGCUUAGGUUUAAGAUUGCCUAUUUAUUGAUUACUUCAAAGUUUUCUCUAUUUAAUUAUUUUUAAUAAGUUUUAUGCUAAAGACAUAUUUACAAAUGUAUACAAAUAAAUACAAGUCUAUACCAUAAAUGAAAAUAAUAUGUUAUAUAUUAAGCUAGUGUUAAUAUUCUUGUAUGUACACUCGUACUAGGCGUACUCGCAAGUACGUAUUUGUUUUUUGCAAAUAAAAUAAAAACUAUGAAUGUAUGUAGUAUAAGAAUUAAGGAAGAAAGCGGAAUUUUGCAUUUACGUAUGUAUGUAUGUAUCUGAACAUCUGUAACAAUAAAUUAUUUUAAUAAACCAUAAUUUCAACAAACAUUAGUUUAC